GCCAGGUGAGGCCGCGGCUCCGCUGUUGUUUUCGGCCCGGAGGCGUCGGACCGGUCCGGCAGGUUUGUGCGGGACGCAGCAGGGGGAGGGCGGCGUGAAUCAGGGCGGGGAGCCGCGGAGCCUCUGGAGCAGGAAGAGGAGCUGCGGCUCGGAACGAACAUGGUUCGGUGACACAGCGGAACCAAACACCGAGCAGAACCGCCUUCCGAGCUUCACCAGAACUUCUACACAUCGCGGGGAAACGCUUGAGGCGCCAAGAUGAGUCGGCGGCGAGCGCACACGCCGGCGCCGAACGACGAGGAGAUGCCGUACAGCGACGACGAGACGGACGACGAGCUGGACGAAGACCUGGACGAAGAAUCCGAGAGCGACGCGGACGAGCCGCAGGACGCGGAUCGACCCGCAGAGGCGGCGGCGAGGGGCCCGGAAAUUGGCUGGAAGGUGAAGGCCAACGACAGAGAGUACCACCAGCUGCCCGAGUUCAAGAAGAAAGUCUUCCUGUGCUUUAAGAAGAGCCGAUACUCUGGAAACGCCAUCAAGACGUACAAAUACAACGUCAUCACCUUCCUGCCCCUGAACCUGUAUGAGCAGUUUAAGAGGGUGGCCAACAUCUACUUCCUGGCUCUGCUCAUCCUGCAGAUCAUCCCGGACAUCUCCACGCUCCCCUGGUACACCACUCUGUUUCCUCUGGUCAUCGUUUUGGGAAUCACUGCGAUCAAAGACCUGGUUGACGACCUGGCGCGUCACAGGAUGGACAAGGAAGUCAACAACAGGAAGUGUGAAGUUUUGCUGGAUGGACGGUUUAAGGAAUCGAAGUGGAUGGACGUCCAGGUUGGAGACGUCGUCCGCAUGAAGAAAAACGACUUUAUUCCCGCCGACAUCCUGCUGCUGUCCAGCUCCGAGCCCAACAGCUUGUGUUACGUAGAAACCGCCGAGCUGGACGGAGAAACCAACCUGAAGUUUAAGAUGGGGCUCCGAGUGAUGGACCAGAGGCUGCAGGAGGAGCGACAUCUGGCCCAGUUCAACGCUCUGAUCGAAUGUGAGGAACCAAACAACCGGCUGGACAAGUUUACGGGGACGAUGCUGUGGGACGGCGAGCGUUACCCUCUGGAGCUGGACAACAUGCUGCUGCGAGGAUGCAAAAUCCGAAACACCGACUUCUGCCACGGCCUGGUCAUCUUCGCAGGAGCCGAUACCAAGAUCAUGAGGAACGGCGGCAAAACGAGGUUCAAGAGGACCAAGAUAGACGAGCUGAUGAACUACAUGGUUUACACGAUCUUCGCUCUGCUCAUCCUGGUGUCGGCCGGACUCGCCAUCGGUCACUCCUUCUGGUACCAGGACAUCGGAACCAGCUCCUGGUACCUGAACGACGGCAAAGACCAAACCGUCGCCUACAGAGGCUUCCUCAGCUUCUGGGGCUACAUCAUCGUCCUCAACACCAUGGUGCCCAUUUCCCUCUACGUCAGUGUGGAGGUGAUUCGUCUGGGCCAGAGUAAAUUCAUCAACUGGGACCUGCAGAUGUAUUAUUCAGAGAAAGACACACCAGCUAAGGCCCGAACGACGACCCUGAACGAGCAGCUGGGGCAGAUCCAGUACAUCUUCUCCGACAAAACGGGAACUUUGACGCAGAACAUCAUGCAGUUCAAGAAGUGCACCAUCGCCGGGCGGAGUUACGGAGGCCCAACCACGUCUGAAGGAGCAUCUCUGGACAAAAUAAAGCCGGUGGACUGGACCUGGAACCGCCACGCUGACAGGAAGUUCCAGUUUGUUGACCACUUCCUGGUCGCCAACAUCAAAUCCAAGAAGGACAAAGAUGCUCUGGAGUUUUUCAAGCUUCUGUCGCUGUGCCACACGGUCAUGGUGGAGAGCAACGAGGGAGGCGAGUUGGUGUAUCAGGCUGCGUCUCCUGAUGAGGGCGCUCUCGUGACGGCAGCCAGGAACUUCGGCUUCGUGUUUCUGUCGCGCACCCAGGACACCAUCACCAUCUCUGAGAUGGGCCAGGAGGCGACCUACGAGAUGCUGGCCCUGCUCGACUUCAACUCUGACCGCAAGCGCAUGUCGAUCAUCCUGAAGUUUCCUGACGGACGGAUCCGUCUGUACUGCAAAGGCGCCGAUACGGUCAUCUAUGAGCGGCUGUCCCCAAACACCCGACACAAGGAAUCCACCCAGACCGCGUUGGACAUCUUUGCCAAUGAGACGUUGAGGACGCUCUGCCUGUGUUACAAGGACAUCAGCGCCAGCGAGUUUGAGGCUUGGUCCCGCAGACACAAAGAGGCCCAGCUGAACAUGGUGGACAGGGAAGCCGCCCUGGACAGAGUCUAUGAGGACAUCGAGAAGAACCUGAUGCUGAUUGGAGCAACAGCCAUUGAGGAUAAACUUCAGGAUGACGUUCCAGAGACCAUCGCCAACCUGGCCAAGGCUGGCAUCAAAAUCUGGGUCCUGACCGGCGAUAAGAAAGAAACGGCAGAAAACAUCGGAUACUCAUGUCAGCUGCUGACGGACAAGAUGCAGAUCCACUAUGGAGAGGAUGUCAAUGGGAAGCUGCUGGCCCGUCAAGCUGCCAGGAGAAAUGAAGCUCCAUCACAUCGACUUGGCAAAAAGAAACCGGAUGAGCCUUUCUUCCCUGGAACCAUCAACAACGCUCUGAUCAUCACUGGAGGAUGGCUGAACGAGAUUCUUUAUGAGAAGAAGAAGAAACGCCGCCGGCUGCGUCUUCGCCGCUUGGGAAGGAGACAAACUCCGAGCAACCCUCAGGACCCGAUGGACGACCAGGAGAAGGAAAUGAGACAAGUCGACUUCGUGAACAUGGCCUGUGAGUGCGAGGCGGUGAUCUGCUGCCGCGUCACGCCCAAGCAGAAGGCCAACGUUGUGAGUCUGGUGAAGAAGUACAAGAAGGCCGUGACGCUGUCCAUCGGAGACGGAGCGAACGACGUCAACAUGAUCAAAACCGCCGACAUCGGAGUGGGCAUCAGCGGUCAGGAGGGGAUGCAGGCCGUCAUGUCCAGCGACUACGCCUUCGCCCAGUUCUCCUACCUGCAGCGCCUCCUGCUGGUGCACGGCCGCUGGUCCUACAUCAGGAUGUGCAAGUUCCUCCGUUUCUUCUUCUUCAAGAACUUCGCCUUCACUCUGGUCCAUUUCUGGUACUCCUUUUUCAACGGAUACUCCUCUCAGACGGCCUAUGAGGACUGGUUCAUCACGCUCUACAACCUGGCCUACAGCAGCCUGCCGGUCCUGCUGGUCGGACUCCUGGACCAGGACGUGAACGACGAGCUCAGCCUGAAGGUCCCGACGCUGUAUCUGCCCGGCCAGCAGGGGUCGCUGUUCAACUACAAGAACUUCUUCAUCAGCUUGUUCCACGGCAUCUUCGUGUCGCUCAUCAUCUUCUUCAUCCCGUACGGAGCGUUCCUGCAGACCAUGGGGCAGGACGGCGAGGCGCCCUCCGACUACCAGUCCUUCGCCGUGGUUACGGCCUCGUCGCUCGUCUUCAUCGUCAACCUGCAGAUCUCUCUGGACACGUCGUACUGGACCUUCGUCAGCUGCUUCGCCGUUCUGGGCAGCAUCGCCAUUUACUUCGGCAUCAUGUUUGACAUCCACAGCGCCGGGAUCCACGUCAUCUUCCCCUCCGUCUUCACCUUCACAGGCGCGGCACCCAACGCCCUGCGGCAGCCCUACCUGUGGCUGACCAUCAUCCUGACGGUGGGGAUCAGCCUGCUGCCCGUCAUCUGCAUCCAGUUCCUCCAUAAAACCAUCUGGCCGUCUGUGGGAGACAAGGUCCAGAGGAACAAGAGUAAAUACCUGCAGCAGGCGGAGGAGGAGAGGAAGAGGAGGAGCCAGGACGAGCCCUCGGCCUUCGUGAGAAACCGAGCUUCCCGCCGCUCCGCCUACGCCUUCUCGCACACGCCCGGCUACGCCAACCUCAUCUCGAGCGGCCAGAGCAUCCGGCGGCGCGCGACGGCACACGGCGGCGCCCAGGAGAGGAGGCGGCGGCCGGAGGUCGUCUGAUCGGACGGCCGAGCGGAGCGAAGCUGCGGCCGGAGGAUUUUAUUUCUGCGGAUGAGCCAGACAGGAAGUGACGGAGGAAUCCCUCCCGGUCGGGCUUCGCUCCGAACUGAUGACUUGAAAACACUCACCGAAGAGACGGCCGCCGCUGCCGGGGGUCAGAGGUCACCCGUGUGACUCACAAUGUCGUUUAACUCAGGAUUAUUUUUAAAUAGAGACUUAUUUUUAGCAAGAUGGCCGCCAGCGACUGACUCAAGCGGUUAGCGUUAGCGGCGUAGCCUAGCAUCCACUGAGCACCUAGAGGAAACCAGCAGCUGCGUCGUUCUGCUGGUUCUGUCCGCUGGGCCAGAACCGGUCCUUCACCAGAACCUGCAGCAUAAAAUCUGAUCUUAUUCCGUUUUAUUCUAGUGGAGGUGGGAUGUAAACUACUGUAAGGCGUUUGGUAGGAAGUUUUUCUGUCAUGUAAAAAAUAAGUGAGCUGAAACAGUUUGUAAUCAUCUGGAGGAGCUUCGUCCUCCUGAAGGGACUUUUAACCCGUUUCUCCUGAUUAUCCUUCAUGUUUUACAGCUUCUCUGUGAAUUUCUUCAGGAUUUUAUUAAAUGAACUCUGAUGCUUCUCUUA